GUAUCAUUCUCGGAGGGGAAAAAAAAACACAAUUGCACGUAAACCAGAACAAGACCGGCCGCAUACUCGAGCGGCGCGAAGCCCCCGAAGACUCUCUCUCUCUCUCUCUCUCUCUCUCUCUCUCUCUCUCAACUCUGAACAUCACGGAGCUUUCUCAGUGCCCUACUUCUCUCUACCAUCUCUAUAUACCAAAUCAAAACCAGAAAAAACUCUCCAUUCUGUUUCUACGGUUUCCUCAAACCUCACCUCGUUCGCUCUCCUCCCUUCACCACUUCUUCGCACCUCUCUCUCCAUUUCCCCUGGUUCAUUCAAUCAGCAAUUCCUCAAUGGCCGAUUCUCCUCCUCAGAUUGGGUUCUUGCUCCCUCUGAACGACAAAUUCGAAGAAGAUACUUCGAAACCUCAAUUACCGAUUUUCCAAGGCCCUAACUUUGUCGGUCGCAGUUGUAUUCCGGCCGCCGACAAGAGACUCAGCCGCAAGCAUCUCACAGUAACCGCCUCCGGCGACGGCUCUGCCGAUGUCCUUGUGGAUGGAGCAAACCCAAUUGUUGUUCGGUCCCAUGCCCAAAGGAAGAAAAUUUUGUCUCGAGAAAGAGGGAGAAUUAACCAUGGUGAUAUUAUUGAGUUGAUACCUGGCCAUUAUUUUUUCAAGUAUGUAACCUUGGCCACUGAGAAGAAAUCAUCUUCACCCAACAAGGAGAAGAGGACUCUAAAGGAACGUAGUGAGCUUUGUGAAGAUGAGGUGCAAUGUGUGAAGAGGAAGAGGCAAGUGUCUGACGAUGAAGCUCUAGCAAGGAAUUUGCAGUCUGAGCUGUAUGAUGAUAACCUAGCCCAAGGCAACUCUUCAGAAGGCAUCCGUCACUUUAAUGUUGCUAAUGAGAACUUAGCUUCUACUUUCCGACUUCUGCGAGUGAAAGGACUUCCGACUUGGGCCAAUACCUCUUCUGUAUCUAUUGGAGAUAUUAUUCAGGGGAAUCCGCUCAUAGCUGUCCUUUCAAAUUACAUGGUUGACAUAGAUUGGUUGAUUUCUGCAUGUCCAAUACUUAAAAAGGUCCCUCAUGUGCUGGUCAUUCAUGGAGAGAGUGAUGGAACACUGGUGCAUAUGGAGAGAAACAAGCCAGCAAAUUGGAUUCUGCAUAAACCACCCUUGCCAAUUUCAUAUGGAACCCACCAUUCAAAAGCCAUGCUUCUUGUUUAUCCUCAAGGAGUGAGAGUUAUUGUGCAUACAGCAAACUUGAUCUAUGUCGACUGGAACAACAAAAGCCAAGGUCUGUGGAUGCAAGAUUUCCCGUGGAAGGAUCAAAAUAGUUCUAGCAGUGGAUGUGGAUUUGAGAGUGACCUGAUUGAUUAUCUAUCUACAUUGAAGUUGCCUGAAUUUACUGCUAAUCUACCAGCUCUUGGCAACUUCAAUAUCAAUUCAUCCUUUUUCAAGAAGUUCGACUACAGUAGUGCAAUGGUGAGGUUAAUUGCAUCUGUUCCUGGAUAUCAUAAGGGUCCUAAUUUGAAAAAGUGGGGACAUAUGAAGUUGCGUACCAUUCUCCAGGACUGUAUCUUCGACAAAAAGUUUCACAAGUCUCCUCUUGUUUAUCAGUUCUCUUCUCUUGGUUCUUUGGAUGAGAAGUGGAUGUCUGAGCUAGCAUCCUCAAUGUCGUCGGGAGUCUCAACAGAUAAAGUCCCUCUGGGUUUAGGGGAGCCCCUAAUAAUAUGGCCUACAGUUGAAGAUGUCAGAUGUUCACUAGAGGGUUAUGCUGCUGGAAAUGCCAUUCCAAGCCCCCUAAAAAAUGUGGAGAAAGACUUCUUAAAAAAGUAUUGGGCAAAGUGGAAGGCAAGCCAUACUGGACGCUGCCGUGCAAUGCCUCAUAUAAAGACAUUCACACGUUAUCAAGGUCAAGACAUCGCGUGGUUCUUGCUAACUUCAUCAAAUCUAAGCAAAGCUGCAUGGGGAGCUCUCCAGAAAAACAACUCUCAGUUGAUGAUCCGGUCCUAUGAGCUUGGAGUGCUCUUUAUGCCGUCUUUGAUCAAACCUGGUUGUGAAUUUUCGUGUACAGAUAAUGUGAAUUCAUCGCAGGAUAAAGAUGACAAAACGUCAGGAAGUUCUGACGCAAAGAGAACAAAGUUUGUAACCCUAGCUUGGCAUGGAAGUAAGAACACAGACAACUCAUCUGAAGUAAUUCCGUUGCCUGUGCCUUACGAACUUCCUCCAAAACCGUACUCCUCUGAAGAUGUCCCGUGGUCGUGGGAACGGAGAUAUCACAAGAAGGAUGUCUAUGGGCAAAUUUGGCCAAGACAUGUUCAACUGUACACUUCCCAAGAUUCCUAACCUCAGGAAUGUAAGUUUUUUUUCUUUUCAGUGAUUUGGGCUAGGCAUUUGAGGUAACAUUAUUGAAGAUUAGUUUGUUUCAGUUGUUUUAAUAGGCAUGAUUACUCCUCUGCAAAAUUGCAAUCUUUUAUGUUCCGUUUUUUUCCCUAAAGCGUUGGAGCAAUGACUGGUCUCAGGAAGUGAGAGUGUGACACUACAAAGUUGCAGGAUUUGAUUAUGAGUAUUGAGAAGUCACGGAAUUUAGGCCAAAA